AUGCAAGCCACGCAGGGCUUAUCAGGUACGGCACAGUGUGUUGACAAAGUCGUGUCCAAGAAGUGGCAAAGAGUGCCUGGAAAGGUAGGAAAGACAACCGGCAAGUCUACUGUCGUGGAUGCUUUAGCAGAGGAUGCACAUACGAAAGAUGUUGAGUAUUCGGCUACUCAAGAAGAACCGCGACGUCGGUUUCCAGCUUCACCCAAACGCACAAAGCAGGUCGCGACGUCCCACGUUUCGGAUGAAUCUUGUUCAGAAAGCAAUGACGACGGUGAUGAGGAGUGUGAGCGUAGUUACAAAGAUGACGCGUCGCUAUGUUCACGUCUCAUCGAUUCGGCUGCUCGAGAGAGAUGGGAGCUUGUAGAGGUGGGUCGUUUGGUUCGGCUGUUUGCUGCAGAAUGGGAAUACGAGAAGAGCACGACGGCAGAAUUCCUCUGCGAGACUUGCCCCGAACUUGUAAGCGUCGAUUUCUUGGAAGGAUUGGGUGUGAACUUGUCCGCGAAGCAUCUUGUCAAGAUCUUUGAAAUGGGAUCGGGAAACUCCGGCGUGUUUAUGAACAAAGUGGCGUCUGCUGUGGAGAAUGGAGAUUUGAGCGUGCGUGAUCCAGUCUUCAUCGCAACGUUGGAACGUCGUGUUGCGCUGAUAGAAACGAAUGCGGAAGUGAUGGAGCUGUUGCAUCCGCUGCUGGAGAGUUUGUCGGCAGUGCGUGAUGUUGGUUGGUUGCUGAAGCGGCUGUGCGAGCACUGGCACUUGGAGCGAAAGACCUCUCUAGUCCAGCAGGUGCUGCUGUCAAACGUGUUCGACGACCUCGAUGGCAACCAGGAUGAGAUUCUCCUUGACUUGCCUGAUCUUGCCGGGCGACUAGACUUCCCCAGCCGUUUGGAUCAGGAAGACGUCGAUGAUAAUGGCAACUUGAAAGGCUUUCUCGUCAAUGAUGAUAGUGAUCUUAGUGGUGAAGAGGCAUCCGGAGAGCAAGAAGACGAGAAUGAUAGUGAAGAUGAUGGCAAUUCGUACGAGGGGAGUGAGUCCGAUUCCGAUGACGAGGUCGAGAUUGCUGGUCGAACCCACGGUCGCAAUCGCUUUAUUGAAGAUGAGGCUGACGUCGGCGAAGAUGACGACGACGACGACGAAGAAGUAGAAGACGCAGUUGAACGCCAUAGCCAGGAAGGAUCGUCUUCGUCUGAUAGUGAUUGUUGA